AUGGGUGUCUCGCUCAAACAAGCAGAAGAAUGGGAGGCUUCAUUAUACCCUGGCGACCCGACUGCCCUAGUAUAUUUUGCCGCUGAACGAACUAAGACUUGGGAAACUCGUCUCAAGGAAUAUUAUGAGCGGAGAGCGGCGUUGGCAGAAGUCGAGAUGAAUGCCGACAAGCUAUUGCUUCGCUACAGGGAAAAGAAGCGGAUUGGCACUGAGUUUCACGGUUUUAUGAGCUUGCCUAUCAUACUGCGCCGUACGAUCUACAAGUAUCUUCUCGAUAAGGGCACCGUUUUCUUACCGAACCUAAAAAGCAAAAUGUCAGAUAUUCCCGACACUAAACACGCUACCUAUAAUUUCGCGACCGAAGGUCUCCAUUUUCCCUACUUACGGUAUCGAGGCCUCCCAGGGGACUGGCGCUUCAGGGACAGGUCUGUGACACGUCCUAUUGGGUUGAUAAGCGGUGUAAGCAGAAGCGUCCAUGAAGAAGCGACAACCAUAUACUUUGGCUGCAACCGCUUCGUCUUCCCCUACGGCCUCUGCAAUUUGCCUAUAACUUCGUGUUAUUUUGACGACAGUGAUUUCUGGCACAGGCAGUUUUUCCUGGAGGAAGGGUACCUCUUGCCACCCUAUGCACUUCUCCGUUGCGUUAGUUUCACCUUCGACAGGCGAAAUAUAGACCUCCCAUCCUACCUUGAGGUAUAUAAAGGACAUAAGCAAUUCCACAAGUUAAGUGGGAAUGACAAUCAAGAGUCGGAGCCAUUACAGCUGAUUGUCUAUCUGAUGAGCUUCCACGAUACGAUGAGAAGAAACCUACUAGAAAGCUGGAACACUGUCUUUUAUGAACUGAGGGCGCUACGUCUCGAGCGAUUAGAACUGAGCUUCGAGGAGUGCUACUGUCCGUUUGGGUGUUGUCGGUUAGUCAAUGAAGUGCUAGAGCGGCUUCGCCUUAUUGAGAACCCAUCCACGGUCAUCGAGAUAACAGGGUGGUAUGAUGAAAAGGAAAGAAAGAUGAUUAAGGAGCGUCUAGAUAAACUCGCCGAAAAGCAUGACGAAUUAGAUUUUCAAUCCGUUAUGAAGGAGGAUUUAGAUUUUCGAUUCGUUGGGAAGUCUAUUAAGAAGCUCAUGGCGGAAUACGAAGCCAAAGGGCCUCCGUUUUGA